AUGUCUAAACAGCGCUUGGGACUAUCACUGUGUGGAAACGUGGUGGGCGUGGUCCCAGGGCACUACUUCGAGAAGAGGAGGUCAGCUGCCUACGGCGUGUGCAUGGCAGGUGGCGCUCUGGGUCUCUUUAUAGCUGGCCCACUUACACGAUACCUUCUCGACCAUUAUGACCUGCAUGGAACUUUGUUGAUAAUCGGGGCCAUUUCAUUCCAUAUUUGUAUUGCAGCAUCUUUACUGCGAAAACCAACCCCAACCUCCAACACAUCUUUCACAGUCGAAAGCAACAACGAAGAGGAUGCAUCAGCGGAAGAAGGAUCCAUUGAAGUUUCAGGGGUUGACAGUCAACCAUUUCAGAGCAGUGAUGCUACUGAAGCUGGUGUAAACCAUAUUACAAAUACCCAAACAGAGGAAACAGCCAUUCCAUUCCUCGUAGAAGACAUCACACCUCCAUGUACACCAGAAAGUGAGGAAUCCCAAUGCCAGUGUUGUAAUACACGACUUUUGUUCGGCGUUAUACAGAUAGUCACUCAAAAAGCUUUCCUUAUGUAUAACUUUGCAAUCUUAUUCUGGUCGUUAGGUGAUGCCGCGUGUGUAUUACAUCUUCCGAACUAUACGGAAGUUAAAGGCAGUACACCAAGACAGGCAGCAAGUCUGUUAAGUGCAAUGGGUGCUGGUGGCGUGUUCACGAGGGUAGUCAUCGGACUCAUGGCUUCCGACUCCAGCACAGAAUACACUGUGCUCCAGCUCGGAAUUGUGGGUAUUACGGGACUCAUUACGAUCCUGUUUCCUCUAUAUUCCAGUACAUAUCACUGGCAAAUCGUGUUUGGAUUCUUAUAUGGCUUGUACAGCCACGGAACAAAUUCAUUAAUAGGUCCAUUAACGAUACAGCUGACCAGUUUGUCAAAUGUUGCCAUUGGUUUUGGUAUAGUGUAUUUCUCCUGUGGAAUUGGAUAUCUCUUGGGACCAGUCAUUGCAAGUUUUAUAUAUGACGUUACGAAGGAAUAUGAUUAUACGUUCAUCUUCGCGGGUAUAUGUUUCAUGUCCAGUUCCAUGUCGGCAGCAGGAAUAAGUCUAUUCCGAAAGAGGUGAUUCGAACGACAACAUUACACCGUUGGAUACAGCUUUGUGAAUGAAGACCUCAUUUACAUUAUCUAACAGUACUGCCACAUGCCGUCGAAGUUACACACUUCGAUUACACAUGUUUUAUGUUGCUACCAGUAGGGCGCAGGCCUACACUAUCUCGGGUUCUUACACAAAUGCUUUUAGAGAUAUGUAUACAACUAUUGAUGCCAAUGCCUUAUAUACAUAUAUAUAAACGUCGUUAAACUAGCAUAAGAAAUAUAAUUUAUUAUAGAUUACUUAUGUAAAAUGUCAUUGUAAUCUGGCCGCGUCUACGCUCAACUGCCCCUGUAUUUAUCUCAGUGGGCGACGUGUAAAUGCGUACGUCCAUCCACUGUUACACAAGUACGUUGCAACAGUGGUGAGCUGUAUUGGAAAUGAUAUGGCUGAUGUGCUGUCAAAAUGUCAUUUUAUCAAAGCGACGUUUCGGUACAGUGCAUCUUUAUUAAACAAGUGAUCUUAAAGUGGCAUUGAGAAGCUGCAGAAUCUAGUAACACAAUGUUUCUUAAUAUCUAGUGGUGUACGCCAGGGAUGUAUAUUAAGUCCAGUUUUGUUUAUUUUCUUCAUGAAUGAGCUCGUCAUGAUGGUGUGUUUGUCACACAAGAUAUUAUAGAUUUAAUGUCACUUCUAUUUGCUGAUGCUAUUAUAAUGGGUUUUUUUAUAAUAUGUUAAGG